AGCAGCAUCACUGAGCAGUGAACAACAUCCAGGGAAACCCAGGAGAUAAACUAAAGGCAAAGCACGUCUGUUUCUGCUCCACAAUCUGCAGCCACUGAACUCCUGAAGCUUCCACCGACUGCAAACAAGACACAAAACUGUGACACAAUGAAAGUGGCCGUUAUUUUCGUUCUGCUCUUCGCCACAGUCCUCUGCCGGCCGGCGAGAAAAGUUUCUGUCAGCAGUUCAGAGAGCUCUGAGGAAGCGGCGAGACGACCAGCAGCUCCAGCCCUCAGGAAACAGGUGGCAGAACUUCCUCAGAACCGUGCAGCUCCUGUACAGAACAUUGUUGCAGAAGCAGCACCAGCUGCUGCCAGCUCAGACGAGAGCCCAGAAGGCUCAGACGAAGACGAGCAGGCGGCAGCAGAGGCUCCCAUUGCGAUCACGUCUGACAGCACAGACACAACUUCAUCCCCAGAUACAGCCACUGUCAACAGCGAAGACGAUGAUGAUGACGAUGACGACGACGCAGAAGAGAGUGAAACCGACGAGGAUGAAUCUAGCGACAGCUCAGAGUCGGGCGAGGCCUCCACCCCUGCUCCCGCCACCGACACCCCUGUGGUCGUGACAGAGGAACCCGUGGCUGCAACCACUCCUGAGCCCAUUGUGCCUACCAUCGUCACCGACGCGGACGCAGGCCGCGGCGACAGCUUGGGAGGCUACCCCAGCGACUAUAAGUCCAUCGUCUACGUGGAGGACAAAUCCUACCAAAAGGUUCCUUCUCCCUACAAGUCCUACGAGUUUAUCGGCACAGGGAAGAAGAUGGCCUACGACAUGACAGAGGGCAAUGAGGUGGAGAAGUCACUGACAGUGUACAAGGUAAAGGCUCUUCAGGUCCACUCCGACCUGAUGGAGGAGGACACCAGCACCCCUGAGGUGGAGAGCCAGGGCCUCGAUGCCUCCUCCGGCACCUCUCAGGACCAGGAACUCAGCCCCCGCCAGGCCUCCCUCCCAGAGGAGGAGGAGAGCGCUAGCACCAGCGACGCCACCACCAGCGAGAGCUCCAGCGCCCCAGAGCAAGAGGAGGAAGAAGAAAGCGCCAGCACCGGCAGCGAUAGCGCCAGCGAUAGCGCCAGCGCCAGCCAGGAGACGGAGGACGAGGAAAGCCAGAGCAGCGAGGAGGCCACGGCCACACCUGGAGCUGCUGACAGCGAAUCCGAUGAGAGCACUGAGAGCGAUUCAGAUGAGGAAGGGGCGGGACCUGACACCACCACUGACAUGCCGGUGGUCAUCACUGCCAAAUAAGCACCGCCCAUCCAGGAAAUGGACUGGACGGUGGUGUCAGAUAGAGUCACGAGAAGAGCACACGCUGCAUCCAGGUGCAAAUAUUCCACUGUAGGGCCAAACAGGGACAGCCAAGGCUUAAUUCGUAUUGAUUUCAAUGUGUUCAAACAAUAUUUCUGUGAUUACUUGUGCAUCUUUUGGAAAGCAGAAAUGCUUUUCCUUCUGGAUUGUAAUUUAAAUAAACCAAUAACCCAUGCA